AUGCCAGAAGUCGACGAGAUCCAAGCCGCCUCAACAUCGACUCAAGCGAUACAGGUCGAUACGAAAACAAUGCCUGUUCCCCCGCACAAUGACUCGGAAGCCACACUGCAAGGCAUUGCCGAGCAGGAGGACGACAUGAUGCACGAGGCAGUACAGGAACGAUACCAGAAUCCGUCUUCGUAUCGGUUUCGGCGAAUAGCGUCCAAAACUCUCGUCUCGUUCGGCCCAGGUGACCCCGAGGACCCGGUCAACUGGGGAAAGGGCAAGAAAAUGUUCGUUCUUUGCUCCGGUAUGAUGCAAGUAAUGAAUAGCACCAUCGGGUCUUCUCUUCCUAGCGGUGCUAUCCAGUACAUUGCCAAAUACUUUGAUAUUGUUGACGAGGAGAAGCUCGUUCUUCCAAUUUCGCUCUUCCUAGUCGGAUAUGUCCUAGGCCCACUUCUAUACGGUCCGCUAUCAGAGCAGUAUGGUCGUCGAUGGCCACUGGUCAUUGGAUAUAUACUGUUCUGUUUCUUUUCCUUGGGCUGCGCGUUGGCUCCCUCCUUUCCCGCCUUGCUAGUGCUUAGACUCCUCAAUGGCAUGGCGGCUGCCGCUCCCAUUUCUAUUAUAAGUGGUGUCUACGCUGACAUCAAUGACGACCCAAUCCAACGCGGAAGAACGAUGGCAUGGUUCAUGUCUUGUACAGCCGUGGGCCCUAUCAUCUCGCCAUUCAUGUCCGGCUUCAUCUCCACGGUCAAUUGGCGUUGGGCCUUUUGGUUGGGCCUCAUUAUUGCCGGAGCCUCGUUCCCAUGUGUUUUGUUUUUCCCAGAGACGUACGGUCCCGUUUUGUUGCAGCGUCGUGCACGCAAAUUGCGCAAAGAAACUGGUAACAAAGGCAUCGUCGCGCCCUUGGAUCUCAUGCCCCAUGAUCUACGGGCCACUUUGACGGUCACUUUGACCAGGCCACUGCGCAUGAUCCUGAACGAGUACAUGGUGUCAUUGACCUGCUUCUACCUUGCCUUGGCAUAUGCAAUUUUCUAUCUGUAUUUUCAAGCGUACCCAUUGAUAUUCGAAGGGAUCUACGGCAUGAGCCCCGGUAUUGCCGGCCUGACGUACCUGCCAAUUUCUCUUGGAUGCUUCAUUGCCUGCGGAAUAUUCAUAUGGUACGACGGCUACCUCGAGCGAGCAAAGGCUCGCGGUGCGGCUUGGGCACAUAACGAAGACUACCGCCGCUUGCCACUCGCCUGCAUCGGCGGACCGCUCUAUGUGGUCUCGCUGUUCUGGCUUGGCUGGACAGCAUCGCCCAAUAUCCACUGGGCUGUGCCGAUGACGUCGGGCGUCAUGUUCGGUCUUGCUUAUGAAUUGAUCUUCAUGGCCAUGCUGAACUAUCUCUCCGACGCAUACGAGACUUUUGCAGCCAGUGCACAAUCCGCGUCGAGCUGCUGCCGGAGCAUUUUCGGCGCUGUUCUGCCCCUGGCCGCGAAACCUAUGUUCAACCAUGUGGGAAUCAACUGGGGAUGCAGCAUUAUUGCAUUUAUCAGCUUGGGGGUGUCUGUCAUCCCCUUUGCGUUCAUAUACUACGGAAAGACGAUUCGACAGAACAGUAAAAUGUGUCAACAUCUGAAGAUGCUGAAGGAAGAGGAAAGACGGGCCUGGGCGGAGGAAGAUGCUGCUCAUGCUUCUGCCGCUGAUCCAAACGCAGACGUUGAGAAAGGCCCGUCUGUUAGGGAUAGUGAGGAGGUCACAGAAAAGCACCUCCAGUAA